AUGGACUCAAUUAACAAGAUCUAUAAGUGGGAAAGCUCUCAUAGUAUGUUUCAAGACCUCCAAACCAUCGUCGCCGAUAGAGCGCACGGCUGCAUGGCAUUUGAAGUCUCGAACGUGCAAUACCUCGUCCUCGCAAACUUAAAUGAGCAGCCUCCCCAUCUCUAUGCUUGGAACGGCUCCAGCUUCGAGCACAUCCUUGACGUUGGCACGACCAGUGCGUAUUCCUCGCAGUUCUUUGGUAUAUCCGGUACGGCCUAUCUCGCUGUCGCAGCAGCUGGCGGGUACCAGGUCUUCGAGUUCCGGCUUCCUACCUCCUCCUCCUCCUCCACGACCGCCACACGGACGACAACCAAGACUGCCACCACAACGACCAGAACGGAGGGGCCUUUGCCCGCACUGAGCAGGCAAAGGCGCUUCGCCUUUGGCAUGGCGGGCAGCUGGUCCCUGAUGGCGCUGGCUGGCUACCUGGUGCUGCUGGGCAUCCUGGCCAUCCUCUCCAUGCUUCUGCGCAUUACUGGAGGCGCCGACGAAACACCUUUGAGCAAGCCCUCAACGGUGGGCAAUCCUGUUGCAGGAAUCGGAGGCGAAGACGACACACCCUUGAGCGAGCCCAAAACGGUGGGCAAUCCUUCUGAAGGUGCACUCGAUCCUCCACACAGGCAUGUCCAGGUCACCGUUGUCGAGGCCGGAGAGGAGCCGGAGGAGUGGAAGUCCCGCUGGCGCCGGCAGCUCAUGCGGUCGCCCCUGGUGCUGGCCCUCCAGAUGCUGCUGGAGUCCACGAACUUGGUGUCCUCUCUCCUCUACACGGUCGAGGUCCCGGUUCUGGACAGGGACUGCCCAGCGGACUUCCCCGCGCUGAACGCCCUUCCCUUCUGCGACGGCUCCGUUGCCAUGGAUGCUCUUUGCGAAGCCGACCGCCAGGUGGAAGGUGACUGCCGCCCAACAGGCGAGCUGGACAACUGUGCAGUCUACGCAAGCGAGGCCUAUGGCUACGAGAAGGGCGAGCUCAUCGGCUUCGAUGUGUAUUGGAAGAAGCCACAGCCGAGUUGCACAGCUGUUGGCUGCGACAUGCUGGCCCAGGGGCUGUGGUCCGCGUCUGCUGUGUCGCUGGCAAUGACCGUGGCGUGGACAACAGGCUUCUAUGCCCGGCAGGUCCAACAGGUCUCGAACGCCAUCUCACAGAUGCGGCUGUUGAGAGUGGGAGUGUGGUUGAGCUUUGUUGCCAUCGCCAUUCUGCUUGUGGCGAUCCUGGUGGUAGGGUUUCAAGGAACGGGUCCCAGCACUGUCACGAUGUCGCUGCUCACACCAGUGUUCCUGAUGAUCAUGUGGAUGCUCAUGGCUGCCACAGCAGCGACCCUGAAGAAGGUCUCCAACGGAGACGAGAAGGAACAAUUGACAGCACAGUCCGCCAGCUUGGAAAUUCCCUUCUUCAAUGUGCUCGUGGCGUGGCACCUCGAGGAAACGAACAUCGAGAAGCUCCGCGGCUUUCGCAAGCCGUUGGAAUCCGGGCUCCGGAUCGUUGAGGACGUGCCAGAGCUUAUCAUGGGCGCCCUCGACCUCUUCCUGUUCGAGUGGAACUGGUUCGCAGCCCUCAGCUUGACCAUGUCCUUCGCCAUGGUGCUCUUCCUCGCCCUCCUGGGCGGUUUCUACCAGGUCCUGGGCUGGGCCCAAGACAUCGCGCGGUUCGGGAGUGCCGCCGCCCAGGGCACGAAGCUCCGGCUUCAAAGAACCCUGAGCCGCCGGCCCUUAGAGAGUGAGUGA